AUGGAGGUUAAAGAAGUAGAACAGCAGCAACAACCAAUAACAGAUGAAGUUGUUAAUAAUAACAGCACAGAUUCUACAACAGUGAAUGAUACACCAGAUGUUUUACAAAUUGGAGAUGGUGCUACCUGGGGUAGAUUGGUUUCACUCAACCCCAUUUAUCCAUCGAUCGAACUCAGGCAGAAUGUGGUGAUAUUCGGACGUACACCGGCGUUGUGUCAAGUGACUUUCAAUACACCGACGGUGAGUGGUAAGCAUGCAAAGAUUCAUCGUGAUCCAACAGCCAAACAGAAUAUCGUUUUCCUCGAGGAUACCUCUACCAACGGUACAUUCAUCAACAAAGAACUCAUUGGCAAAGGCAGCAAGAUCCUGGUGAGCAACGGCUGUGAGAUAUCAAUCAUUCCAAAACAAGGACCAGAGCGUAUCUCCUAUAUCUAUCAAGAUUGCUCCGAGGAGAAAGCAGAGAUCGAUCAAGGUGGUCCACAACCAUAUUAUGAUUUACGUGAAGUUUUAGGAACUGGAAACUUUGCAACGGUUAGACUUGCAGUUCAUAAGGAAACAGGUCAGAAAUAUGCAUUGAAAGUAAUCGAUAAAAAGAAGAUGUCAAUGACCAGUAAGAGAAAAGAUGCGUUGAUGGAUGAAGUCAAUGUUUUGACCAAAGUAAAGAAUGAAAAUAUCAUUUCUAUUAAAGAGGUAUUUGAAACCAAUAAGAAUUUAUAUCUUGUAUUAGAACUAGGAAUUGCUCAUCGUGAUUUGAAACCAGAGAAUAUAUUGUUGGCUAGACCCGAUAGCUUUGUGAUAAAGAUAUCGGAUUUCGGACUGAGUAGAGCACUCGAUGAAGGCAGCUACAUGAAGACGAUGUGUGGAACACCGCAAUACGUUGCACCGGAGAUCUUGACGAAAGGCGAGCGUGAAGGCUAUGGAAAGUCGGUCGAUCUCUGGUCGAUUGGUGUUAUCAUGUACAUCUUGCUCUGUGGAUUCCCACCCUUUGGUGACCCUUCCGAUGCACACUUCUUUGACAAGGUGAAGCGUGGUGGAUUCUCAUUCCCAUCGCCCUAUUGGGAUGGUAUCUCUGACGAAGCGAAAGAGCUCAUCAAGAGUUUGAUACUUGUCGACGUCGAGAAACGUUUGACUAUCGAUCAAGCACUUGCUCACUCUUGGUUUGCCAACCAUGUAGAUGAUCUCGAUAAAAUAAAUGUAAAGAAAGAACAAUCAUCACAACAAUCAUCGUCACAACAACAACAACAAGCAGAAGAGAAAGAAAAAGAGAAAGAGAAUGAGAAUGAACAAGAGAAACAACAACAACAACAAGAAGUAGUUAUAGCACAAGCAGAGACUGCCGAAGAUAAAUCAGCAGGAAAUGACGAAUCACUAGCUGAUAUGUCAAUGACAAGCGAUAGAGGUGAUAAUGAAGAUAAAACUAACUCGAUAACAACAAAUGAAAAUAACAAUGAUUUAGAAGUAGAAGAUCUUAUACCAAAGAAUCAAAAUCAAAAGAGAACUUUAAGUGAGAAUAGUGUUGAUCAAGAUGAAAAAGAAUUAAAGAGAGUUAGACAAUAA